AUAUUUGAUCCUCGAUCAUGGGGUGCAUCUGUGGAACUACAGAACAGAAUAACACUCGAGUUCAUGCGGGUUGUCCUUGCCACUGGAUUAUUUGCCGUCGGCGUUGAACUCCCAAAUAAGUAUCUGGUUAAACAUGCAAGGAGCUUGCUUAUCAUGGUUAUGCCUACUAUGGCAUUUGGCUGGCUAGUGGUCGCAGGAAUUAUCCAUACACUGUUCCCUGCACUAACUUAUGUCUCUGCCCUUGCAAUUGCCGCAUGUCUUACGCCAACAGACCCUGUACUUGCUGCUGCAAUCAUAGGAGGUAGAUUUGCAGACAAAAGUGUACCGGCUCAUUUGAGUCACCUCUUAAGGCAUGUUCCGACAUUUGCCGAAUCGGCAACAAAUGAUGGUCUAGCGUAUCCGUUUUUGUCAAUCUCAAUGUACCUUGCGGUCGAGACGAGUAAGAGGGCCGCGUUCGGGAAAUGGUUCCUAAUCGGCUGGCUUUAUCAAGUGAUUUUGGGUACGAUUUUGGGAGCUGUGAUAGGACUAGCUUUCUAUCAAGUCUUGAGGUUGUCUCAUCGAAGAGGUUUCAUAAAUCGAGAAUCAUUCAUCGCCCAAUAUCUUGCCCUUGCUAUAUUUACCAUAGGAGUUGCAAGUUCUCUGGGUGUUGAUGACCUAUUGGCUGCCUUCGCUGCUGGAAACGCCAUCUCUUGGGAUGGCCAUUUCAAUGCACAUAUUGAAGGACAGGUCUUUGCGUCUGUUAUUGACCUAGUAUUCAAUUGCGCUUGCUUCAUCUACAUCGGUGCUUGGAUCCCCUUUGACAAAUACGGUGCGACAGAUCUUGGCCUUGAACCAUGGUGCCUUGUGGUCCUCCUAAUUGCAAUCUUUACAAUUCGUCGAAUCCCGAGUAUCCUUUCUCUCUAUAGAUUUAUGCCCGAUGCCAAGGACUGGCGUGAGGCGUUGUUUUGUGGGCACUUUGGGCCUAUGGGUGUCGGCGCAGUCUUUGUUUCAUCUUUGGCUUUAUCGGAGCUUCCGCAGCCCAGCAGUCCGCCCGCUUCGCAGAACGAACUUCUGGCUGCUUCACCCGAUAAUAUCAUUUGCCGUGCUGGGAUCCAUCAUUAUUCGUGA